AUGAAGAGAUCAGAUUCUCAGCCAAGAAAUGAAAGAGACAGGCUGAUUGAUUGGUUAAUAUUUUGGUCUAAGACCGCCACACGCUUAAAACUCUUCGGCUUCCACAUCACCGAGGCUCGCGAAGUUCUCGCCGGACCCACCGGAGCUCCGCCGCACUCCGCCGGCCGGAGGUACGAGUGCCCAUACUUUCGCCGCAAAUUCGCCAACUCGCAGGCCCUCGGAUGCCACCAGAACACUUACAAGAAAGAGCGCCAGGAACUCAGGCAGGCCAAGCUGCAGGCCGCCGCUGCAUACGGCCGCAACCCCAUGGCCUCUGCCUUGUUGCCGCCGGCCUACCUGCUCAUUCUGUCGCAGUCGUGGGUGUGCGUCCCACGCGCCGAAGGGACAGUCCACGUGGCGCGCGGCGUAGGAGAGCUUGGCCCAUCUCGGCAGAGCGUGGCGUUAAGGCAUAUAGUGGGAGAUUCGAUGGGCCUUCGUUGA